AUUUGUCGUGUUUUAAUCUUUUUGUUUUUAAACAAUAAAUUAAUUUGUUAGAAAAUGGAAGUGAAUAUAAAGAUAUUACAUGACGCCGGAAGGUAGUGAUCAGAUAAUGCCUAAACGCAUUCCCUUUCAUAUCGUUUACGCAACAAGUGAGGACAGCUGCUACCCGGCAUGCGAGCUGAACGCGCAAGGCCCGGCGGCGCGCGGCUGGCGAAGUGCUGGCGCACCACCGCACGAAUUGCUGCUGCGCCUCGCCAGCGUGACCAGCGUACACAAGCUUCAGCUACUGGCGCACCAUCAGCUCAUACCUGCAUGUGUGGAAGUGCUGGUGUCAGGUGGGCUGGUUUCGGAAGGCGCGGCGACACCGUGCGGGGCCACCUACACAAGCGUCGGCCGCGUAACGCUCGCCAGGCCUGCGCCACAAGCACGCACCAGGGAGCUCAGAUCCGCUGCCCUUCCAGAACCUACCAUCGCGCGUUUCGUGAAACUCCGCCUGUCAGGUCCACAUCCACCAGCGAACGACAACGAUCAGGUGGCUCUUAUGGCAGUGAAUGUCCUCGGUAUUGAAAUAGAUGACGAAGGUAAAACAACUCCAGCCACACCCAAAUCCGAGCCAACGUACUCUCCGUAUGACGAUCUAGCCUUUGUUAUGUACGUCGAUAACGAGAUAGCUGAUCUGGUCAGAAAUCUUGAUGAGAAGAAGAAAAAUGCCGUAGCUGAGGAACGUUUCGAGUACGCCAGACGUCUGAAGUCCGCGUCAUCGGCGCUGGCAGCCGCAGGAAUUAGAAUAGGUCGCUGGAGGCUGAGAAAACGCACCGCUGCAGCUCGGGAUGACUUCGAACUGGCGCGCAGAAUGAGGGACAGGAUUGCUGAUGCCUUAGUCGGAGUUAAAGAGGAUCCCCAGCUUUGUAGGCUCUUUGAAGAGGAUGGUCCAGACUCUCGUAACGACUCGUCAAUGCCCCAGGCAUACGACUUCUCACACCACCUGUCACCUUCAGUGGCAGCGGGCACACUCAGCCUAGACAUACCCUCCCCUGUGCCACCCGUAGACAACGACACUGAGCCCGUCAUGCAGGAGUUUGUUAACGGUGUGGAAGACGAAGAUAUUAAUGUUCCUAGUUCACCCGUAAAAAUAAUUCAAGAAGAGAUACAGUUAGUCGCACAACCUCCUCCUGCACCAAUAGAAGAUAAGUUAGAAAUACAGAAGAAAGAAGAAGAAGAAUUAAGAAAAGAGACUGAUAGCCCACGUAGAAGUAUCACUCCUAAUGCUGCUAAUGGUACGUUAGUAAGACGUAGAAAUAAGAGCGCGGGUCCGAGGUCCACGUUCGAGGCUUACGAGGAACGUUUGCUGCCCGCACUACGACAUUCUCACACCAACGAGUUCCUGCGGGAAGCGAGAGAGGCGCGAGAGGAAGAAGGCAGCGCAGGCAGCGCGCCCCCGCGACACACACACCGCCUCACUGAGCGAGAGAGAAAACAAGCUGCCUUGCCCAUUAUUAUAUUCGGCUAUCCACUGGUUGAAAAAUUCUAUUCAAAGAACUAUCUAGACAAAGAAGAAGGAUUGGCACGUCUGCGUGCAGAACUAACCGCGCCAUCUGAUGGCAGUAGUAAGACGUCGCCAAAUAAAACUGCGCGUGCGGCCGCUACUCUGUUACAGAGGGCGCUGAGAGACAAAGUCUUCUCUGUCUACAGUCUGGCCAAUGAAGUCGUUAUUGCACUGUUUAAAGAAUUUGUUCCAGAUAGGGUGUGUGCAGCAGAGGUGGGUCGCUGUAUCGACAAAUUACUGCCGGAGCUGCUACGCGCUUGUGGCGACCCCGCACCCCGCGUGCACUCCACCGCGCAGCACACUGUGCUCACAGUCGCCGAGUGCCCGCAAGUCAGGAGUUUGCACAUCAUCCCGCAGCAGCUAGUACGGCCUGUGGCGGCGUCUAUGCAUCCACGUCUCGCGCUCUCCCGCCUGCAGAUCCUCGAACAACUCAUCCUUAGCCACGGGAUAUCUACAGACAAGAACAGUGGUCUAACAGUCCGUCGUCUCGCGGAGUGCGGCGCGGCGGGUGCUCAACACGCAGCGGGCUCGGUGCGCGCGGCGGCAGAGCGGAUACUGCUCGCGGCGUAUACGCGGUCGCCACGCGUUGUGCGCGCACAGCUGCCCCCCGACGACGCGGUCACACGUCGGAAUCUCAUCUAUAGGCAUCUCUUCCAGCAGUUUGAUAGGAUUGACAUGCAGAAAAUGCUCAACCAAGCACCUACAGAAGAGCAACUUCUCAACGGUACGGACCAGUCUGUGGCCGACGUCAGCCACGAAACAGCAAGUGUUACUCAAUCCACUCGCUCGAGCACAACCGCCUCCGGGAUGACGCCAUCCGGCAUGACGUCGUCCCUAAUGACGUCAUCAAUCGGCGCCUCAUCGUACAGCCUCAAGUCGAGUGCCAGCGGCGCGACGCUAGCUCCGUCCAGCUUAAGCGGCAGUUUGACUACAUCACGGACAAAGAGUAGUCUGAAGAAAUCGCCUACUAAAAAAUACACACCUAGUCGAACUGCAAAAGACUUUUCAAAUUAUCCGGGUUAUAAUAAGCUCAGAUUGGACAGCGCUGUUAGUCCGAAACACUCACCCAGAUCCUCAACAGUCGGCAAUGAAAAGGUACAUUUCCAAGAAAAUCAAUCCGAAGAAGUGAUAUAUCGUCGAACAAAUCGUAACACCGAGAACCGCCACUCUAUGAUCCAUUACGACCACGAUCCUUCGAAACCGGAGCUAAAAGAAAGACCGGUCACAGUCUAUGAACCUCUACACAUCGACUAUCGGGAUUCCCCGACCAUAGGUUCACCAAAGACAACCAAAAACGAUAGAAGUCUGGACUCUUUACCUAUGGAUUCUCCACAAAUGUCUAGGAAUGAUAUGAGAUCGGAUUCAGAUUGCAGGAGUCUAGAUUCUCCGAAGAUCAAAGCGGAGUUCUUUAGAGAUAAUGGAUUGGAUUCCCCAAAGUUAGUCGCUGGGUUUAGGAAUUUACAUUUGGAAGAGAGCAGUCAAAUGGACGAAAGUGGUUAUUACAGUCCAGGAAGAAGACAGCAGAUGAUCAACGAGCCUCAAUACGAGGACUACGAGGGAGUCGGCGUUAACGCCAGCAAUGAGACCACGCCGGAGCCUGUCUGCAAUACAACGUGUACGUGGUGCGGGCGACGAGUGCGCGCUGCGGCGCUGGAGGCGCACUACUGGCGGCGUUGUGUGCUGCUGGCGCGCUGUCCGCACUGCCGCUUGGCACUGGAGGCUCGCGGACUGCACCCACAUCUCUUAGAAGAAUGUUCUCUGAGCGAAGGACUGUGGAAGGCGUGCCAGAAGUGCGGCGCUGCGCUGCGCACUGACGAGAGUGAAUACCACGCCAACUGUAUACCACUGGGCUUGGAUGAAUGGAAGUGUCCCUAUUGCUUAACAAAUGUACUCGCGCGGGACCUCCCCUGGCAGCGCCAUCUCAUGCAGUGCCCGCGAAACCCGAGACUAACGCCAACUUAGCUCAUAUCUAUAGAUAAGUAUUGUUA